AUGUCCCUGAGAAAAGCUGCUACUCGUUCGGUCAGAGCCAUGUCCAGAAUUGUUUCAAUCCAGACCAAGUCCGCACCUGCGCCCGCAGCACCGUAUUCGCAGGCUAUUAAGGCCAAUAAGAUGGUAUUCGUCUCCGGCCAGAUCCCAUACACUGCGGACUUCAAGCCGAUCGAAGGCUCGAUGGGUGACAAGGCCGAACAGGUGAUCAAAAACGUCAGCAACAUCCUACAAGAGGCCAACUCGGGGCUCCACAACGUGGUCAAGGUCAACGUUUUCAUGUCGGACUUGAAGUAUUUCGAGGAAUUCAAUACCGUUUACGCUAGGUACUUCGCCGAGCUGAAGCCAGCUCGAUCGUGCCUGGCCGCUAAGGCGCUGCCGCUGAACGUAGAUGUGGAAAUGGAGGUGAUCGCCCUUGAGAACGAGUAG